CAUUUUUUGCAGAUUCUGAGUAGUAGAUUUUGCGUUUGUGCUGUGAAAGCGGUUGACCUUAAACCACCCACAACUCUUGUUUCUAUUUGUCUUCUUCUUAUUUUCUCAAACAAAAGACAAAACACAAACAUAAACAAACAUAAAACAUAAAGGUAACUUCUUCGAUGCAAGUUUUGAUCAAAUGCUCAUAAAAAUGAAGGGUCCCUUAGAUCUUGUUUGAUUUCACUCUUGCGUCUCUCAACCAUUGCUCCGAGGCUACGUUGCUUUGUGCCAUUGAAGGGUCAAAAAAAGUGGAUUUUAAGUGAAAAGUGUGGUUGUGGGGUGUGUGCAGGCAGUGGGGAGAUGAAUCAUGGAAUCCAGUGACCAAGAGAGCGUGUCGUCGGUAAGAGAGGUUCAUGCAAAUGGAAGCCGCAUGGCUGCAUCAGAAGUUGAGGCAAAGCUUGAUGAAGGAAAUAUUCAAGAGGCAGAAUCGGCAUUGCGAGAAGGGUUGUCACUCAAUUUUGAGGAAGCAAGGGCUCUUCUUGGGAAGUUGGAGUAUCAGAGAGGUAAUGUAGAAGGUGCUCUCCGUGUCUUUGAUGGGAUUGAUCUCCAUGCUGCCAUCCAGCGGCUGCAACCCUCCUUUUCUGAAAAACCACCUGUCAAAAAAAGUCGCCCUCGCACAGAAUCACCUUCUUCGGUCUCUCAGCAUGCUGCUAGUUUGGUGCUUGAAGCCAUCUACUUAAAAGCCAAGUCUCAACAAAAACUCGGGAAAUUUGCUGAAGCUGCUAAUGACUGUAAACGUAUUCUUGACGCUGUUGAGAAGAUAUUUUAUCAGGGUAUACUUGAUUUUCAAGUGGACAGUAAAUUACAAGAGAUAGUGAGCCAUGCAGUAGAGCUCCUUCCAGAGCUUUGGAAACAAGGUGGUUACUACGACGAAGCAAUCUCUGCUUACAGACGUGCCCUUCUUAGUCAGUGGAACCUCGAUAAUGAUUGCUGUUCAAGAAUUCAGAAAUCGUUUGUUGUUUUUCUGCUGUACAGUGGUGUGGAGGCAAGUCCGCCUAGUUUAGCAGUUCAGAUCGAAGGUUCUUAUGUACCUAAAAAUAAUCUCGAAGAGGCGAUUCUGCUUUUAAUGGUUCUUAUAAGAAAGUUUUGUUUUGGUAAGAUAAAAUGGGAUCCUUCGAUCAUGGAACACCUAACUUUCGCGCUUUCUGUAUGUAGCCAAACUUCCGUUUUAGCAAAGCAAUUUGAAGACUUGGUACCUGGCGUAUACCAUCGUAUUGAUCGUUGGAAUUCUUUAGCUUUAUGUCAUUGUGGAGCUGGACAAAAUGUCAGUGCUUUGAAUCUGCUUAGGAAGUCCUUGCACAAACACGAACGACCGGAUGACCUUACAUCGUUAUUAUUAGCUGCUAAGAUAUGCAGCGAGGAUCCUUAUCUUGCUGCCGAGGGAGUGUGCCAUGCACAGAGGGCAAUCAUUAAUGCUCAUGGUCCAAACGAGCAUUUAAAAGGUGUUGCUCUUCGAAUGUUGGGACUUUGUCUUGGAAAGCAAGCUAAGGUUGCUUCCUCGGACUUCGAAAGGUCUCGCCUUCAGUCCAAGGCUCUCGAGUCGUUGGAGCAGGCAGUUAGAUUGGAGAGAAACAAUUCUGAUCUGAUUUUUGAGUUGGCUGUUCAAUAUGCCAAGCAUCGGAAUUUGGUCGCUGCUUUGCGCUCCGCACGGCAUUUCUUUCAUGAAACCGGCGGCUCUAUAGUGAAAUCUUGGAUAUUGCUUGCUCUGAUUUUGUCUGCGCAACAAAGAUUUUCGGAAGCUGAAGUGGUGACCGAUGCUGCUUUAGAUCAGAUUGCAAGAUGGGAGCAGGGGCCUCUGCUUAAGCUUAAAGCAAAGCUGAAAAUCUCCCAAUCAAAACCUAUGGAUGCUAUUGAAACUUAUCGCCACCUUCUUGCAUUGGUUCAAGCCCAGAGGAAAUCCUCUGGAUCUUUCCGAGUUGGUUCGAAGAUUGAAGAUGAUAAAGUGAAUGAAUUUGAUAUUUGGCACGGUUUGGCAAAUUUAUAUGCUAGCCUUUCUCAUUGGAAGGAUGCUGAAAUCUGUUUGCAAAAGGCCAAAGAGUUGAAGGAGUACUCUGCAGCAAUUUUGGCCACUGAAGGUAUUUUGUUCGAAGGACGUGGAAAAAAUCAAGAAGCUCUGAAUGCUACUAUUAAUGCAAUACUACUUGAACCAAACCAUGUUCCUAGCAAAAUCUUAAUGAGUGCUUUGGUUCAGAAAAUGGGUUCAAAGGCUUUGUCUGCUGCAAGAAGCAUGCUCUCUGAUGCGCUUAGAAUCGAACCGACCAACCGCAUGGCUUGGUAUUACUUGGGAUUGGUUCACAAGCACGAUGGCCGAGUGGGUGAUGCUGCCGACUGCUUCCAGGCAGCUUCCAUGCUGGAAGAAUCCGAUCCCAUCGAAAGUUUCAGCACCAUACUUUGAAUAUUUUGGUUUCGGAAUGGUUAAUUCUGCAGCCUUCAGUGAGAUCGAUACCAUUUAUGAUUUUUAGAGGAACACAAUAGAAACAGUUUUUUGGAAAUAUUUUUCCUUUUUAAAAAAAAAAAAAGAAAAAAAGACCUGUCAUAACAAACUAGGCUCAAAGAAAAGGAAUUGAAACAUUAUUUAGGAAAUAAAGUGCUAAUGGAUGAGUUGUAAAGAACUUCGACUGGCAGAGAUUUUAAUGUAGUUCAAUAGCUGCUCAGCCUUGUAAAUGUUUGUCGUGUAUUCAAUUAGAAUCUAUGUUGUGAGAAUAGAGAUUCAUUUUUCUUCAAAUAUGUGAUGUAGUUUUUUUGGCUAGAUCUACGAGGCUUUAAGGAAAAAUGCAUUUGAAGUGAGUUGAAUUAAAAUGCAAUCACAUUCACCA